AUGCUACCCCCUAAUCUGGACGAGGAUGACUCUCUUCAAGGAAUCGCUCUCUGGCAUUUUCUCUUUGUCCAACGAUGUCAGGAGCGCAACAUGGUUUAUAUUCGAGCGGGGCGUGAGGUGUUCAAGCUUCCGGAUCGCUGGGAACCAUGGAAAGAUGAACGAAUACCUGCGGCCAGCAAGACCCACUUGGACUUGGCAAACCUUUGA